CUGCGUGCCCUGCGUGGGGCGGGCGCGGGCCGGAGCGGGAAGCGCGCGCCGCUCGGCCAUGGCCAGAGCGUGGCAGCACCCGUUCCUCAACGUCUUCAGAUACUUCAGGGUGGACGAGUGGAAGCGGUCCAGCAAGGAGGGCGAUGUGUCCGUGGUGACGGACAAGGCCCUGAAGAGUGCCGUGUACCGCAUCCGGGGCUCUGUCUCUGCCAGCAAUUACAUCCAGCUCCCCAAAACCAGCACCCAGUCCCUCGGGCUGACGGGGCGAUUCCUGUAUGUGCUCUUCCGGCCCCUGCCCACCAAGCACUUUGCCAUCCACCUGGACCUGUCCACCGAGGAUGGCCAGGUCAUCCGUGUGUCAUUCUCCAGCCUGUUCAAGGAGUUCAGGUCCUCAGCCACUUGGCUGCAGUUCCCUUUUGUCUUUGAGACUAGGACAUCCAGGACAGGUGACACCAAGACCGAGUAUCUAGCAGGUGUGGCCCCCCUUGGUGCCCGCUGGACCUGCCUGCAGCUCGACCUGUGUGACAUCCUGCUGGUCUACCUGAGCCGGUGCUAUGGCCACCUCAAGAGUGUCAGGUUGUGUGCCAACCUGCUGGUCAGGAAUCUCUACACCAGUGACCUGUGCUUCGACCCCACUGUCAGCGUGGCUGAGGCUCGGCGGGCAAAGCUGUCUGUCACCCCUGUGCCUCGAGAAAUGGCUUUCCCAGUGCCGAAGGGGGAGAGCUGGCAUGACCGCUAUGUGCAUGUCCGGUUUCCCAGGAACAACCCGAAAGUGCCUUCCCAGCCGGUUCAGAGGAGUGAUUCCCCUAUUGCAGCAGUCUUCUUGGGGCCAGCACCACAGGGUCCUCCUCCCACUGAGGUCUUUGGUGAGCCUGUGCAGGACGCGUCCCCACUGGUCCAGAUGCCCAGCCCCACAGCCGUGAGUGCCCCCAGGAGAGGACUGGGGGACAGCAGCCCCAGGGUGCCGGUGGGCUCUGGUUCCCCGUGGCCUCCCCAGGUCCCCUCAGCACCCAGGCUUCUUCCAGAAACCAGCUUGUCCUUUGAGCAGUUAGAGGUGCCGAGGGUCGCUAGCCCCGACACCAGUACCCAGGAUCCCUCAGCCUGGGCAGAGGCUGCUGACAUCCACAGAGUGGACAGCAGUGGCCAUGUGCUUGCCCACGAGUCAACUGAGGUGCCUGUGGCCCUUGAUGCCGGCUCCUGCCAGCAUUUCCUCCCAGACCCAAUUCUGAGGCUCAAGGGGGUCAUUGGCUUUGGGGGCCACAGCACCAAAUGGGCCCUGUGGACCACGGAUGGGACGUCUGUCGUUUACCCCUGCCACGCCGUGGUCGUGGUCCUGCGUGUGGACACUGAGGAGCAGCGCUUCUUCCUGGGCCACACGGACAAGGUCUCCGCCCUGGCACUGGACAGGAGCAGCGUACUGCUGGCCUCAGCCCAGGCCCCGUCCCCCAGCGUGGUGCGGCUCUGGGACUUCCAGAAUGGCACGUGCCUGUCCCUGUUCCAGAGCCCAAUAUACACCAUCUGCUCUCUCAGCUUUUCGGGCAGCGGAGCGCUUCUCUACGGUGUUGGCAAGGACGGCCACGGCAGGACGGUGGUGGUGGCGUGGGGCACCGACCAGGUGGGUCGUGGUGGCCAGGUGGUGGUUCUCGCCAAGGUGCACACAGACCUUGACAUCCAGGCCUUCCGGGUUGCCUUCUCUGACGGAACCAGGAUGGCCUCCUGCGGGCGAGGCAGCCUCCGGUUGUGGCGGCUGCGUGGUGGGACGCUGCGCUCCUGCUCUGUGGACCUGGGGGAGCACUGUGCACUGGAGCUCACUGACCUUGCCUUUGUGCAGGUCCAGGAUGGCCACCGAGCACCUUGGGACCACACACUCUAUGUGUGCAGCCGUAGCGGCCACAUCUUGGAGGUUGACCACCAGCGCCUGGCCGUGAGGUGUGUUCACCACCUGCUGCCGGCACCGAGCCCUGGCAGCCCCCUCCCCGAGAAGCCAGCUUUGAGCUCAGGCCUGGGCAUUGCCAUCAGCUGCCUCAGCGUCUCCCCAGACACCUGUGCUGUGGGCUCUGAGGAUGGCCGCCUGCGACUCUGGCCGCUGGACUUCUCUUCCCUGCUCCUGGAGGCAGAGCAGGAAGGCCCUGUCAGCUCAGUCUGCAUCAGCCCCGAUGGCCUGCGUGUGCUGUCCACUACCUCCUCGGGCCACCUGGGCUUCCUGGACAUCCCCUCCCGGGAGUACACGGUGCUAACACGCUCCCACACGGCCCCCGUGCUGGCACUCUCCACAGAGCGGAGCCGUGGACAGCUGGCUACUGUGUCCUUGGACCGUACUGUCCGCAUCUGGGACCUGGCCACCCUGCGGCAGCUGUAUGACUUCACGUCCUCGGAUGAGGCCCCCGGGGCAGUGGCCUUCCACCCGACGAGCCCGGCCAUCUUCUGUGGCUUCAGCAGCGGGGCUGUGCGCUCCUUCAGCCUCGAGAAGGCUGGGCUCCUGGCAGAACACACGUGUCACCAAGGAGCCAUCACCGGCCUGGCCGCCACCCCUGAUGGCAACUUCCUGUUCAGCACCUGUUCUCGGGGCUCCCUGGCCCAGUACAACUGUGCUGUCUCCCAGUGUCACGUCCUCCGUGUGGCAGUGAAAGUGGUGUGCCAGGAUGUGCCCCCAGGACCCAGCACCCUAGCAACCAGUGGGGACAGCCGCCUGCUGGCCUUCGUGGGCCCCUCUAAGUACACUGUGACAGUCAUGGACUCAGCCUCCCUGAACGAGCUGCUGCGGGUGGACGUCAGCACCCUGGACCUGGCUGGUGGCCGCCUGGACUGGGCUGUGGCUGUCUGCUUUGGACCUGCAGCUCUGGGCCACCUCCUGGUGUCCGUCUCAUCCGAUAAGGUCGUGGUGCUUGAUGCCUCGUCGGGUCGCGUUGUCCGGGAGCUGCCCAGUGUCCGUCCCAUGGCCUGCUCCUCCCUGGCCCUCAGUGAGGAUGCCCACUUCCUGCUGACAGCCACCAGCAGGACCAUCAAGGUGUGGAAUUACUGGACUCAGACUGACCCCAGCUGCCAGGUGUACGUGGGCCACUCAGAGCCGGUGCAGGCCGUGGCCUUCACCCCAGACCAGCAGCGCGUCCUCAGCGUGGGGGAUGCCAUCUUUCUCUGGGAUGUCCUGGCCACCCCUGACAGUGGCCGAAGCAUGCCCGGAGUGCCGCUGGCCCACGAGGUCGGCCCGGGCACAGGGCAGCUGGAGGGUGCAGCUUGUGGGGCCGACGGGCUCCCCCGGCAGCAGGUGCCCGUGCCAUCUCAGGGACCCCCGCUGCCGCUGGACGUGUAUGCCAUGCCCCCCGAGGGCAAUGAUGGUGCCUGCUGCAUGUUGGGUGAGGAGUGGUCCUGCAAGGAGAGCCCUGGCCCACCAGUGAGCGGGGCUGGUGGAGCUGGCGAUGUGGCCUGGGGGUCUGCGAGAAGAUCCCAAGGACUCCGUGUACCCCCCCUUUGCCACCGCUGGCCCAGUACCCAGAGUGUCCAGGAAGCAAGGACCCAGCCCCCAGCCCGCCCGGAUUCCUACAAGCAUCUCGCCGCCCGCUGCAAGGCCUCCACAGGGACGGAGAGCGUCUCCCUCCCUCCCGAGGGCACUGAGCUGCUGCACCUGAGAACCGUGGUUGGCUACAAUGGGAACGGGCGGGCCAGCGUGGUCUGGGAGCCGGACACAGGAUUCUUUGCCUAUACAUGUGGCCGCCUGGUGGUGGUGGAGGACCUGCACUCUGGCGCCCAGCAGCACUGGCUUGGCCACCCUGAGGAGAUCUCCACCCUGGCCCUCAGCCACAAUGCCCAGGUCCUAGCUUCUGCGUCUCGCCACGGCAGCUCCGCUGCCCACUGCCAGAUCCGCGUCUGGGACGUGCCUGGGGGCCUCUGCCAGCAGCUCAUUUCUCACCACAGCUCUGCUGUGCAGGCACUGGCCUUCUCACCAGAUGACCGGCUUCUUGUGUCACUGGGGGGCUGUGGUGACUGCACACUGGCCCUGUGGAGCACGGCCACCUACGAGCUCGUGUCCUCCACCCGCCUCCUGGAGCGCGUGCACGGCGUGGCCUUCAGCCCCUGGGGCGCCAGUGAGCUCGCCUGUGUGGGCGCAGGUGCUGUUGCCUUCGGGUUCCUGCAGCAGCGUGGAAAGGACGUGGACGUCCAGAUGCACAGAGCGCCAAUCCCGGAGGACGUGGGGGCCGCGGAGCUGACCUCGCUGUGCUACGGGGCUGCUCCCCUGCUCUACUGUGGCUCCAGCUCCGGCCAGGUCUGUGUCUGGGACACGGGUGCUGGCCGCUGCUUCCUGGCCUGGGAGGCGGACGAUGGCGAGAUCGGGGUGCUGCUGUGCGCGGGCUCCAGGCUGGUCAGUGGCAGCAGCACAAGGCGGCUACGUCUGUGGGCCGUGGGAGCCGUGCCAGAGCUGAGGCGCAAGGGCACAAGUGCCAGGUCCAGCUCUGUGUUCAUGGAACGCGAGCUGACCCUGGAUGGGGCCGUGGUGAGUGCCAGCUUUGACAGCAGCGUGGACAUGGGUAUCGUGGGCACCACGUCGGGCACUCUGUGGUACAUCAGCUGGGCCGAGGGAAGCAGCAUCCGCCUCGUCAGUGGCCACAGGAGCAAGGUCAGCGAGGUGGUCUUCAGCCCAGGCGAGUCUCACUGUGCCACGGGGGAUGAGGACGGCAGCGUGCGGGUGUGGUCCUUGGCCAGCAUGGAGCUGGUGAUUCAGUUCCAGGUGCUGAACCAGAGCUGCCUCUGCCUUGCAUGGAGCCCCCCAUCCUGUGGGCACCCUGAGCAGCAGCAGGUGGUGGCGGGCUACAGUGAUGGCACGCUGCGCGUAUUCAGCAUCGCCCGCACCUCGAUGGAGCUCAAGAUGCACCCCCACCGCGCUGCCCUGGCGGCCUUGGCCUUCUCCACUGAUGGUCAGACCAUCCUCUCUGGAGAUAAGGAUGGGGUUGUGGCUGUGAGCCGCCUCCGCACAGGGAUGACUUUCCGUGUGUUGAGUGACCACCGGGGUGCCCCCAUCUCGGCCAUCCAGAGCACAAGUAAAAAGUAUGGAGAUCUGGGGGUGGAGGGCACAGAUCUGUGGCUGGCGGCCAGCGGGGACCAGAGGAUCAGCGUCUGGGCCUCUGACUGGCUGCGGGAUCGCUGCGAACUCCUGGACUGGUUGAGCUUCCCGGCACCUGCCAGCUUGGCGGCAACGGGCCUGCCUCCGCCCUCCCUGGCUGCCUUCUGCCCUUGGGAUGGGGCUCUGCUGGCCUGCGUGGGCCUCGGCGCGCGGGAAGAGGUGGUCUUCUACAGCCUCCGCCAGAAGCAGGUGGUGGAGAAGAUGUCACUGCCCUUCUUCGCCAUGUCCCUGAGCCUGUCCCCAGCGGCACGCUUCAUGGCCAUUGGCUUUGCUGCUGUGCUGUCCGCCCACAGAGUGCACGCUGAGGCUUGUGGACUGCGAGUCAGGGGCAGCCCAGGACUUCACCGGCCAUGAUGGCUCUGUGCACCUGUGCAGGUUCACCCCCUCUGCCAGGCUGCUCUUUACAGCUGCCCACAAUGAGAUCCUGGUGUGGGAGGUGGUGGACCAUGGGCGCAGAGUGGCCGCGGCCUUAGGUCCCUGAUGGCCGUUAGAAAAGCCGGGUUGCGGACUGUGGCAGGCAGGGCCAGUUGCCUGGACAGGCCGGGACUAAGUCAUCAGGACCACGCUCCUUUGAAUCCGAGUGACCAGAAGGCUGGGACGUGGCCAGGGGCAGAGACUUGAGUAGCACGCGUGAGGCCCCGGGUUCGUCCCCAGCUCUGAACAGACUGUUGCCUUUUGCCCUGCGGCGUCGUUGGUGUCCCGAUCUUUCACGGUUUAAAUAAACCUGCUCGUUUCUUACAU